AUGGCUCGAUUGGCCAUAGACGACCACAACCCUGACAUCGUCACCAUCAUAUGUUGCAACGACGGUUUCCAGCUUGCCCUCGACCACAACACCAUCAAGAUCUUGCUCAGAGUAUGCAAACGAGCCCGACCCCUCCUGAGCUCCAAGAUGCCUCGCUUCCACCGUUGGUGUCAGAGCAUGGAGCUACUCAAUCUGGAAGGACACCUGCGAAUCGGUCUCACACCGAGCGACCAGAUCGCCCUCUCGCUACACUUCGAGGAUCAGGCUGCAGCCGACCGAUCCUGGCUCGUUGCUCAAGCAGAGCAGGGCAAUACUCCUGCCUCCUACUUCCUGGCAAGGAUCCUCCAAACCGAUCUCGGCCAAGGUGGAAUGAAAUGGACCGAGCGGGAAGUCAAAAAGCAAAGGAUUUUCCAACUCCUUACAUCAGCGACCAACACAAACCACGUAAGGGCCCGGUUCCACUUGGCUGACUGCUAUCGCAACCGACUCGGGGUCGACCAAGAUCACAACAAAGCCGCCGAGUUGUAUCGCAGUCUUGCCGAUUGUGGGAUCCCUCAGGCCCAAAUUGCCCUCGGUCGAUGCUACGAGAAUGGUGAAGGUGUCGAUCAAGACUUUGACGUAGCCAUCGAGUGGUAUUCCAAGGCCAUAGACCAAGGCGGACAAGACGGUCGACUUCACAUCGUAUUCCUCCGAGGAUGGCUCUCGUUCAUUGGCCACAGCGUCGAACAGAGCGACGUUAAUGCGCUCAACCACUGGCAGGAAGUCAGCACCCAGUCCACCGAUCCGAUCAUCAAACCCAUCGCAACUCACAUGGUCGGAUGGAUGCACUACCUUGGCCGAGGAACCGUACGCGACGAGCCAAGGGUAGAUGGAACCAAGGAGGAGCAGAAGAAAUCAGCGGGUACCUUGGAACAGCUCGCCAACGACGGCCACAGCGACAGCCAGUUCUGGAUCGGAAUGUGUUACCACUUUGGCUGGGGAGCAUCGGAGGAUUACGAGAAGUCAUUCGAGUGGUUCAGCAAGUCCGCCGACAAAGGCAACUCGUACGGGCAGUGGAGUGUUGGAGUGUGCCACUACUGGGGAUACGGAGUAACCCAGAACCACGCCAAGGCAUUCGAGUGGCUCCACAAGUCGGCGGAACAGGGCAAUCGACAAGGACAGUACCGACUCGGUGAAUGCUACAGAGAUUAUGAAUAUAUGCCUGAGGACAUCGACGCUGCCGUCCUCUGGCUCCGCAAGGCCGCCGACCAGGACUUCCAGCCUGCCAUCGACAGCCUCAAGGAACUCGGCAAGUGGCCCUAA